AUGAGCAAGGACGCACAGCUAUCACAGGCUGCUGGCCGAUCAGCGGCAGAGGCGCGCGAUGCGCAUACAGCCCCCAUGGACGUCGCAGGUGCGCUUGGCGCUCACUUGCCCCCGCUCAACGAGGCACAUGACCACCUAGACCCAUCGCAAGAAUUUUCUCCCGACAUCUUUCUGCUAUCCCGAGCACCUGGUCAGACGCUGAGCAGGAUAUCAUCCGAGCUGCAGUCCUUUGAGUCGCAGCUUCGUGCACAGUUGGAAUCCGUCGUGGACAGGGAUUUUCGCAAGUUUGUAGAUCUGGGCACCAGCUUGAAGGCAGAAGCCCCUCGCAUUGCAAGGCUAGCCUGGCACAAGGAGAACGCAGAUGAUGAUGUCGGACCGAUUGCGGGCACCUUGGGCUUGAAUUCGGUGCGAGGUCGGGUGGAAGAGGUGCGCGACGAUUUGAGAGCGGCAGAGAGACAGUUAGAGGACGUGGUGCUGCAGAGGCAAAUGGCAGCAGAGAGCAAGGUGAGUUGUGCAAAUCCCAUCUACUGCGCUCGCUCCUACACAGCGUUGAACGUCGCUGAUGCACCCGCGCAGGCUCAAUUGACGCUACUACUCAAUUUCGAGGAGUGCCUGCAAAGGUUGGAGCAGCUGCUUGGCCUGACAUCCCAUCAUCACCACCAACAUCAUCGACAUCACGACCACCACCACCACAAGGUGCCAGAUCACGGCGCAACAGCCUCCCCACUUCAUCAGGCGCAAGCACGUCCGUCACUCCGCAGCCCGAUAGACGCCGGACCUUUGCGAGCUCACAAUCCUUCUCGCUGGACAGCAUUGGAUGACGCUAGCGAUUGGGAUGAACAUGGCACCAUCUCUGCUGAUGAGGAUUUCUACCAAUCACCAGACACCGACGACGAACUUCAAAGUGACGAAGGAGCCAUUCAGCACCAAUCACCCUCCUCCUCCCCCCGUAUGGCCAAGCGAAGUAUCUCUUCCGCCCGGAAGGCCCGGCGCAGAUCAUCUGGUCUCACGCGGCGCUCCUCGGCCGGUGCAGACGCCGCGCUUACCUCCGGCGUCGAGGAAAGCAGCGCAGGUACUACAGCAGAUCUCCCUGCUCGCGUGGCCAGGGCUUCUUCAGAGUUCUCUGCGCUCCUCUUUCACAAGCGCGAAGCGCUCACGCGUGGCUUGAGCAGGUUCAUCGAUGCUCACUGCCAACGCACCGCUUGCGUGGAAGAAAGGUUACGGGUCGAUCUCAAAACGCUGAUCGAAUUGCUCACGAGGUACGAUGGUGGGAGUCUGCUCUUGCACUACAGCGCUCGUGCGGGGCGCAGUCCACAAGCUGAGAAGGAUGCAGCUGAACUGGAGAGAUUCACCCAUGUGACCAAGAUGGCCGAGCUGGACUCGCAGUAUUGGUCGUUGCGCAAGCAGGAACAGCAACGAUGGCUUCAACUUGCCGUAUCCACCUGGCAAUUGCUGCCCGAGCACGAGGGGAAAGAUGGCGCGCCGCACCAGCGACAGGAAAAUUCUAGCGAUCCCUCUGCUCUCGACGGGGUGCGCGGGGUCGCAGAGGUUGUUCGCGAAUGCUUGGUCCGACCCUGGGCUGAGAAUGUAAUCAAUUCCAACUCGCUUUCGCUUUCUAGCCUCGAGGUCUCCAAUCUACGGACGCCCGUGACGCCCUCUGGGUUUGAUGGGGAGCAGGCUUCCGCAGCUGUCCAUUCCGAGGAAGCAUCGAGCAAGCCUUUGCUACAGCCAGAAGCAACUAGGGAGGCAAAUUUGCCCUUGCUCGUGCUUUACAAUGAGAUUCUGGCCUUUGCCAAGACGGUUGCACACAUCGCGGAUAUUGUCGAGAGAGCACCUCGGCACCAGGCGAAAGCUUUUGCGCCGGCCCUGUCUGUUCCAACGGUCAAUCUGUCCCUUUUGCAUGGCGCACAUCACGCUGUCGGCGCGGACGUACCAAAGCACAACGGCCCCUGCGACGUCUUCGCAAAGUCGCUUUGGGUUGAGGUGGGAAAUCGGCUCAUGGAGGAGCUGGGCGGACAAUUAUUCUUUGUCGGCAGACCAGACGUCUUUCAUCAGGUAAGUCAACAUGCUAUUCAUGCACUUUGCACGGCACCUCCUCACCUCUCUCGCCCCCCUUCUAUCAGAAUUUCAGCCUUACCUCAGAAUUUCUCGCAAGCUUGCUCAUGUUGGCGCCGUCCGCUCGAGCCGCCAAUGCCGUUCGUGAUCAUCCGACAUAUACGACCUUCAAGAAGCGGUGGCAGCUCUCCGUCUACUUUCAAAUCAGGUAUCGAGAGAUCGUUUCAAAAUUAGAACCCAAGCUAGCUGUCGCAGCAGACACUGCACGGACCGGCAACAUUUCAAUCACACUGCCGCUCAUGGUCAGCACCGAGGCCACCGUCGAGGCAUUUGUGGCUCCGUGGGCGAAACAUAUUCGCUUGGAUGAACUUGCAGCGAGACAGUGGAGGUUGAGCCUGCAGGUUGUCAGCCGUUACAAAAGUUGGUUGAACGCGGAGCUGCCGGAGGAGCUCCCAAAGCAAGCGGCCAGCCGCUCAACUCCCCUGUCAGCUCACAGCCACCUCAAUAGCGGUCAAGAAGAACGCGUGAGUGGACUCGAGGCGGUCGGCUGCUCUCUUCCACCCUUGCUCACGAGCAGAUUCUUUUUUUUUUUCUCAUGGCCCCCUUCAGCCCGCCUCUCCUAUGAGAUCUGUGCAGCCUUCUCGAACUGGUACGCCAGCCAAUGCCGAGUCGGAAGCUGCCAUCGCUGCGGAUGAUGCGGCUUUGCGGACCCUGACAAUUAUCACGGCCGACACCCUGUGGCUUCAGCGCGAGCUGUUUGACGCUUUUGACACUCGUAUCGUGCCUGUCAUUGUGUCGCUCAGCGAUGGUUCUUCGGCCUUAGAGCUGGUCAAGGCAAUGCGUCGUGAGUUCACGUAUUGUAGGCACCGGCAGGUCCCACUUGCUGAUCUCAGCUGGUAUCUAUUCCUUUAGAAACACUCCAGGAAGCUUGUUCCUACCAGGGACAAAGCGUCGCAUCUCUGUCUCACAGGAUCGUUAGUGUACUAAAAACUCGGUGUGGAGAGCCGCUAAGACUGGUGAGGUCGAUGGGCACGCAAUACAGAGGCAGCUCUGCUCCAACCUCCAGUCCGUCGAGUGCUAAAGGAUUGGAACCAUCGUACUUCGUGCCACAAGCCUUGAGACCGCUCAAAACGUAUCUUGGCAAGGGAGAGCGAGUUGGAGAUACGAAUAGCAGCGUAGCGCUCGCGCGACACCUCGACACCGAGACGAGAAGCUCUUGGGCUCAAAAUGUCGUCGAUGACAUCGUUGAACGGUAGGUACACAGGGAUCGGAUUUGUCUCGAAAUGGGCUCACCCAUUGACCGCUACCUAUCAUAAAGGUACACUUCGUCGCUGCAAGCCAUGAAUCGCAACUAUGAGUCGCUCCGAAGGUUGAAGAGAGGCAAUCAAUCGCUCGGCUUGGGGUCCAUUUUUGGCCGCAGCGGGGUGAACAAUUCAGAUGGCGUAGCGUCAGCGUCAGAUCCCGAAGCCGAAAGGAUGAGAGCACAAAUGCGCGCAGAUGUCGAAGCGCUCAGAAGUGAGAUUGGCGCGCUGCAAGAAGUGGAUACGUUCGUCAAGCUCGACGGGGAGGCUUGGGUUCGACUUAAGGCUGCGGCGGACGGUGCUACUGAAGAAGCUUAA